GCCAAAGAUUUCUACCGUGUUUGGUAGAACUCAAAGAAAGAAAAGAGUUGAGGACAAUGUCGAUAGUGAACAUGUCGCUGAAAUCAAAAGAUUAAAAGCUGAAAUUGAAAGGCUAAAAGCACAAAAAAAUGCACAAACAGAAGAGCUUCAAGCCUUAGACAAUGAAUAUAGAAAUGAACAAAAUGGCAUGAAGACCAAGAACCGACCGACAUCUAUGAAGAACAAGAACAACCCUUGGCAAAUGAAGACCAAGAACCGACCGACAUCUAUGAAGAACAAGAACAACCCUUGGAAAAUGAAGACCAAGAACCGAGUGGCAACUAUGAACACCAAGAACGAAUGGACUAUGAGGAUGUAAGUCAAUGUGUAAAAUUAUGUUCGGAUAACAUUGACAAUGUUGUGGCUGAGGGUGUCAUAAUUGAGGCGGUUGGUUACUUUUCAUAUCAUGGUGACAUAAUUACAAAUGAUUAUGCACGGGUUCAAAUCACACAAGUUAUUCAAGGGGAAGCUGAAAUCCCAUAUCCAAGAGGUGCAAUACGCUAUGUUUGUGAUGCAUGUAACAAAUUGGUUCCUUGGCCUAGGGAAUUGAUUUUGACUGAAGAGGGUUCUCUAAUUAAGAAGCUUCAUAGUUCAAACAACUCGAAGGGGAAAGAGAAAUGUAAAGGAAAAGAGAAGAUAGUGGAACAUCUUGAUUCCACUAAAUCUUAUGAGAAAUUCAUUGCAGAGGUACUUGACAAGACUCAUAUUUCUCUUCAGGCCAUGUUCUUGGAAUAUAUGAGAGUAAAAGGUAAAAAUGAGUUUGUGAGGGUUCCUGUUAACCCAUCCUUAUUCUACCGAGUUCACAUCUACAUAACUUCCGAAGAUGUCAUACAAGUGGCCACCCAAGAUGAACUUACGGGUUCAGCUAUCUUAUUUGGACUAAGAUGCAUUUGGGAAAAUUUAAAUCAAAGACAAAAAGAGUUAUACAAGUUUUAUGAUGUCGAGCUUCUUAGUUAUAACAAUGAGCAGGACAAGCAAGCAUUGGAUGUUGAUUAUAGCAAUGACAUCGGGAAGAGUUGUAUUCUUAAACCCGCUUAAAUCUAAAAUCCCGUCAGACAUUGCUCAGAUGAUAAAGGCUGCAUAUGCAAAUAUUAGUUCAAAUGCUAUUGUAUUUGGCAAAAAUGGACCGGAGAUAUGGACCUUUGCUUGUCUAAAGCAACCAUACAAUUACGAAUGUGGUUACUAUGUACUAACUUACAUUCGUGAUAUGCUUCAACAUUCAAAUCCCAUUGAAGCCAUAAAAGCAAAAUUUGGCGGCCUAUCCCAAUAUUCUGAGGACGAUCAUCUCUUACCGCUUCGACAACAGUGGUUAAGUCAAUUGCUUCCCUUGAUAUAUAAAAAUUAACUAGUAGUCUUUUAUUGUAUUUUUUUAGACAAUGUGUAGUAUUUAAUUUAGAGAUUUAUGCAUAAUAUGUAAAGUGUUAUUUAGAAUUGAACUUACAAAUUAUUAUUGUUGUUAUUAAAAAUGAUAUUAAUCAUUUAUUUUAAA